UUUUGACUCGCCUCCUAUUAAAGGAACCAGGAAUAUUAAACGAAGUUAUUCAAGAUAACCUACUCUACAUGUAUGUAUCACACGAUUUCGCAACGGUAACGACGACUACGAUCAAAUCGACAGAAAGGCAUGAACUGUCUCUGUUCCCAUGCACCUUCUGCAGCCGGUACUUAUGGGUUCCGUCCGAAUAGCUGGACGACUGAUCAAUACCUGAUGACUUGGAACCCCGAAUCAUCACCGCAACGUCCGACUAAAAAACUUCCAAAUCUCUGAAAUGAGCUGCCACAUAUGUACUCGUUCUCACUCUUCACGGUUACGUUUUUUAUGCCCUACCUGUGCCCGUAAUCAACUUUAUCAGCUCCGUGUUGACAAUGCAUCUGUUCUUUUGGAGAGAGAAUCUCUUGGACGUCAAAUCGAAGUCGCAGUAAAAUCAAACGAGGCCACGGGCUAUGGGAAGGAUCCUGUUGGACUAAAAGAUGGGGGUUGCGGGGUUUGGGCGCUACAAAAUGUUGAGAAUAUGCAAGCCGAGUCGUCUGGAAGGAUAAAGAUCAUCGCAAACGAGAUUGAAAGCCUAGGGUCUGCGAUCAAGAAUAAGAAGUUCGAAAUAUCCCAGCGCAAAUUGGAGCUGGCUCGACGCCGUUCAGAUUCCGAAUCCGCCAGGUACCAACUUGCAGAACGAGAGGGAGCGAUGUUAGCUAGCACUCAAAACAAUAUCAAGAGGACGGAUCACCUUUGGCACUCCCUUCACAGCAAAACAGCCGAGGCUCGCAUAUUCCUUUGCAGGGAAGCUGCCAGUCUCUAUGGCUUAAGGCAAAAGGUCAGGAGGAGGGAUAAUGUUACGGAGGAAACAUACGUGAUUGGGGGGGUUAGCAUCAUUGAGCUCAGGAACCUAAAUGGGGCCUCGCCAGACCAUAUCUCAACACUAUUCUCCUAUAUUGCCCACCUCCUCGUCCUAGUUUCCCACUAUUUGUCUCUAAGACUUCCAGCCGAAAUAACCCUCCCCCACAGAAACUAUCCUACACCUACUAUAUAUACUCCCUCUGCAUCGUACCUCCCUCGAGAGGCUUACUCAGUAUCAUUCCCGUCGCAGUCAUUAGGUUCAAGCCCAACAUCAUCUCGUACAGCGGACUCGCGUCCGCCUCCACAUCGACCGCGACCUCUUUCAAUCGACAAGACUCUUCCCAAGUUAGCUAGAGAGGAUCCCAGCACAUACGCUCUAUUUCUUGAAGGAGUCACAUUGUUGGCUUGGAAUGUGUCUUGGCUAUGUCGAAGUCAGGGGCUCAAUCUAGCCUCCGACUCUUGGGAAGACAUUUGUGAUAUCGGAAAGAAUAUGUGGCAACUUCUUGUUGCGCCGCCUGCGCAGCCAUCCUCGUUGAUUAGAGCACUUACCGCUCACGAUCUGCAGACAAAAAUAAAAAAAACCCCCAAGGAUUCUCCGAAAACCACCAUCCAACGGACGAAAUCUUUCCCAAUGCUCGGGCAUUAUUCUCACGGUACUGCACAUUCCUUCCUAGGUGCCUCCGAGGGAACAGAAUUCAUUCGAAGCUGGAAACUUCCCACUCCGACAAAAGUCGUUGACAAGUUGAAAUCCACGCUGCUUGGAGAGAUGGCCAGUGCUGAAUGGGAGUUACUAGAGGAGAAGGAAUGGGACGACGCAGUUCAAGAACCAACACAGGCCGUCCCUCAGGAGCCUGUGAAUGUUUCAGACCCAACGUCCGAUAAUAAGCCGAGGGUCGGUGGAGCAGGGUCCAUAAUAUCUCAACCAGCAACUUUAGAUUCGGCUAAUAGCCCAGCACGGUCAAAAGGAACCAGUGGAUGGACUAAGCUGAGAAACAGAUAAUAGAUUAACGGAGCUACUUAUUUGCCACACCAAUAUGCACGACCCUUGAGUCGUCGGCCCUGGAGGCCUCGUCAUAGAUAUACCUAAUUGAGCAAUUAUC